GACCGUUCACUGAUUCGCCGGUGAACUCACUCUCCCAGCGGCCUCGAGUGUUUCGCAGAGUCAAACCGUUGCCGGUAAUGAAAUAUGAGGAGAGCUGAGCUGCUUCCUGAAGACAGACUAUGCUGUGUUUUUCCGCUGGGCGGAGCCUCCUGAGUCGAGCUCACGUCACCAUGUAUGCCACCCGGCUCUACAGCGCCACCGGGGGUGGAGGAGGCGGGGGAGGCAGGAUCAAACCGGGCCGGAGGGUGGGGCUAGCAGUGCUUGAGGCUCCUCCUUCCCAGCUCCCACAUCAUCCUCAUCCUGUGCCGCCUCCUCCCGCCUCCUACCAGCUGUACCAUGGUCGACCCGAUCCGCAUCGAGGAGCACAUUUCCAUCACUACCCCCCUCCUCCCCAUCACCUGGCCCCACCCCCUCUACCCUCACAUUACCACACCCCUGUUCACAUCUACGAAGGAGGUGGAGCCCCAGUGGGCGGUGGUGUCAGAAAGAAGACGUGGAACUUCAUCCACGAGAAGAUGAGCUACGACACGUUCUUCACCAUGAAGCGCCUGAUUGAGCGCUCGCAGCGCCCUGAUGAAGUGCUGCGGUGGGUCACCCAGAACCCUGCCAAGAUCUCCCACAACCACUACCCCGUGGCUCUGCAGAAGAUCGGACAGCUGCUGCAGGCCACGCCCCUCUGCUCCUCCGGUGACACCUGCACAGACAGAGUAGGAGACAGGCGGCAGAUUCUUGAGCACCCUGACUUCAGGACGCUCUGUGACGCCAUCGUCAACGACUGCGACAAGUUUGACAACUUCAGCAUCGUGAACUGCCUGUACGCCGUGGCUGCGCUCGGCCUGCCCAGUGAUUCCCAGGUAGUCCAGGUGCUGGAGGCGAAGUCCCAGUCCAGACUGCACCAGUUCAACCAGAAGGACGUGUCCAUGGUUUUCAGCUCCAGCAUGAAGCUCCACCCUGGCAGCCAGCACCCGUUGACUGAAGCUUGUCUCAGCAGCCUGGAGAAGAACCUGGAGCGAGAGCGCCACCCUCAGACCCUCUUCCUGCUCCUGUCCUACUACAGAAUGAAGUGGCAGCCCCCGAAGCCUGCUUCAGAAGCUGCAGCAGGCUGCACCAGCACACCUGUCAACCCAGAGCAACUGCUGGCCAACAGGAAGAUCCUGCGGCUGGUCAAACACACUCUGGCCAGCAUCAGUGGUGCUCGUGACCAGGAGAUGGUGCUGCUGGACGAGAUGCUGUCGGUGUGCGCUCGUGAGGCCGGCAACAAGAGUCUGGAGCUGAUCUUCAGUUCUCACCUGUUCUACCAGAACAGACAGGAGAGGUUCAUCAGCAGCCUGACAGAGGAGUUACCAAAGAAAGUGGACAGCAUCACGCCGUACACCAUGGCUCUGAUAGCCAAAUACAUCGCCCGCCAUCGGCUCAGAGAGACACGCCUGCUGGACACCAUCGCAGACUUUCUGGUGAAGAAGGCGGAGUACCUGGACAGCAAGGUGAUCCAGAAGCUGGUGCUCCCGUUCAGCAGAAUGAGUUACCGUCCAUCCAGCGAGGACUUCUUCACUCGCCUGGAGGAGGUGGUGGAGAUGAAGGCGCUCAGAUCGCCGCUCGCCACCGUCAACAUCCUGAUGUCCCUGUUCCAGCUGGGACAUUUCCCCAAGACCGUCCUGCACAGCGUCUUCUCCUCGGCCUUCAUCAGUAAUGUGAUCAACAGUCCCCACGCUCUGAUCGUCAGGAGGUACCUGACUCUGCUGGAUGUUGCCAUAGAACUGGAGUACAGGGACUACACUGGACCUCGCCUGCCGGACGUCCACAAGGUGCUGAUGUUUGAGCACGCCCUGACGGCGGACGAUGUCAACCGUAAGCAGAGUUAUAAAGGUCUGGUGGCCGAGGCUCUGAGGCAGCUGGUGGGAGAACAGAACUACAAACAGGGCGAGGUGCUGGCCCCGGGGUACUACACAGAUUUUGUGCUCUGGUUGGAUGGUUCUGGUCGGGUUCUGCCCAUCAGGUCUGGAGCAGGUUUGCCUCUGAGCGUGGCUCCUUCGUCCUGUGUUGCCGUGGAAACUGAGCCAGAUGAGGAUGCUGUUGCCGUGGUGACCUCUGAGCUGCAGAAGUUGUCUCCGUUCUCGGUCCUGGAGGACGGCAGCGAGCAGUCUGGACUCAGUACUGGACUCAGUACUGGACAGGGAGAUGAGGGACUGGGUGGGACCCACAUGUGCUGCAGUACUAGUGCAGCUGCAGCCUCUGGUCCUGUGAGGACCAGGACUAACGAUGUGGGCCUGGACUACGAGCCGUACUACGGUCCUGCUCCAGAGUACUACUCAGGUCUGGCUAAGGAGCAGUCUGUGGAGAGCCAGGACAGUUCCACACUCAGCAGCUCCCCCUCUGAUGGGCCAGCUCUGCUGGGGGCUCUGGGACCUGCAGGGGCCGUAGCCCCAGACUCUCUGUUCCAGUUCUCCUUCGGGAAGAUCCUGGAGGACGAGGGGACAGCCGGGGACUCCAGGGUCCAGGAGCCGGACCAUGAGUUGUCCGGGUUCUAUGAAGGGUCCAGCGCUGACAGGGGGCCCCAGGAACCCACACAGCUCCACCCUCCUGACCGAGCCGAGCCUGAGACCCUCCUGACAAAGUCCAGGCAGAUCCACAGGGUCAUCAUGUCCGUCAACGACAAAUGGCACUACUGUCACAACUCUGAGGUUCUGGUCGGGUCCAGGGCUAUGAGGGACCGACACCUGAGGCUUCUGGGUUACAUCAUCCUGCAGCUGCCGUACCACGAGCUGCAGAAGCUGAACGGCAUCGAGGAGAUGAAGCAGUACCUGCACCAGAAGCUGCUGGAGGUCCCACUAUGACCGUGUGUGUGUGUGUGUGUGUGUUUACACACGUUUUUACUACCUGGUGGGGAUAGUUUUUAUCCACAUUUCCAGCACAGCCUGGUGAGGACCCACUGUCCUUAUGGGGACAAAAGUCUGGUCCACUGAGGGAAAUGCUAUUGGUGGGUCAGAGGUUAGGUUCAGGGUCAGGUGUGCACCUGUGGGGUCAGGUUUAGGGUCAGGCUGUAGAAAUGACCAGUAAAUGAAUGGAAGUCAAUGAAGUCCCCAUGAGGAUAGAAGAACGUGUGUGUGUGUGUGUGUGUGCGUGCUGAGUUUUGACAGGGACUGGGGGCGGGCUCUGUUUUAUAACCUUGUGGUAACCAUGGUAACGGUAAUGCAUGAAUGUUUUGAAGCACGUGCCAAAGGCUGAGGUGAACGGUGAGAUAAUUUAUUUGUGUAUCAGCUGUCGACACAGGAAGUUGAUUUAUUCUGAAAUGUAUAAAAUCUGAAACAACA